AUGGCUGUUAUUCAUUCCCAUGGUAUCUUGUUUUGGACAGGAAUAACAAACCUAUAUGGAAGAGAGAAAAGCUAUAUCACUGAAUUGUUUCCUUGUUGUAGGUUAACAAAGCCCUUGUCAUUUGCGGAUUGUGUUGGGGAUGAAUUGCCAUGGGGAUGGGAAGCCACGUAUGACCCUCAGAUUGGUGUAUACUAUAUUGAUCACAUAAACCAAACAACACAAAUAGAAGAUCCCAGGAAACAAUGGCGGCAAGAACAAGAGAGAAUGUUAAAAGAUUAUCUUACAAUAGCCCAGGAUGCUCUCAGUACCCAGAAGGAGCUGUACCAGGUGAAAGAACAGAGACUAGCACUUGCACUGGAUGAGUAUGUACGGUUGAAUGGUGCCUACAAAGAAAAAUCAAGCUCUCGUACAAGCUUGUUUUCAGGCUCUUCAUCAAGCACAAAAUAUGACCCUGACAUUCUGAAGGCUGAAAUCUCCACUACAAGAUUAAGGGUUAAGAAGCUGAAGAGAGAACUCUCUCAGAUGAAGCAAGAGCUGCUGUACAAGGAGCAGGGCUUUGAAACACUGCAACAAAUUGACCAAAAAAUGUCUGGAGGCCAGAGUGGGUAUGAACUGUGUGAGGCCAAAGCCAUCCUGAAGGAACUGAAGUCCAUCAGAAAGGCGAUCAGUUCAGGCGAGAGAGAAAAGCAAGAUUUAAUGAAGAGUCUUGCAAAGCUGAGGGAAAAAUUCAAUGUCGACCAAACCACCGAAACAUCUGAAGCAGACUUGAGUUCCAGCUCUGUAAACUCCCAGCUGUGUUUUCCUAGGCAAACUCUGGAUACAGGGUCUCAGACUGACAUUUCUGGUGAGAGUGGAGCAAGAAGUAUAUCGAAUUUAGCAGAGAAGGUCAGACUCAGUCUGCAGUACGAAGAGGCCAAGCGAAGCAUGGCUAAUUUGAAGAUUGAACUCUCUAAGCUAGAUAGUGAAGCCUGGCCUGGAGCACUGGAUGUGGAAAAGGAAAAACUGAUGUUAAUCAAUGAAAAAGAAGAGCUUCUAAAGGAGCUCCAGUUUAUUACACCACGCAAACGUACUCAAGAUGAGCUAGAGCAGCUAGAAGCAGAAAGGAAGAGGCUUGAGGACGAGUUGGUGUCUGUGAAAAGCACACCCAGUCAAGCACUUGCUGAAAGAUUAAAAUUGGAGGAGAGAAGAAAAGAGUUGGUACAGAAACUUGAAGAAACGACAAAGUUAACUACCUAUUUGCAUUCACAGCUUAGGAGCCUCUCAGCUAGUACGCUGUCUGUGUCUUCAGGGAGCAGUUUGGGAUCCCUGGCAUCCAGCCGGGGAUCUCUGAACACAUCAAGCAGAGGGUCGCUAAACUCGCUCAGCUCCACGGAUCUCUACUAUAACCAAGGCGAUCAAAUUACAGAUUUGGACUAUCAGUACAAACUUGAUUUCAUAUUACAAGAAAAAACUGGUUACAUUCCUUCGGGACCUAUCACUACUAUUCAUGAAAAUGAAGUGGUCAGCUCCCAUGGGAGACUUGGUUACAGUGACUCUCCUUCAGCUGCAGACCAUCCCAAAUUGACUGAACCUCCCAAAUCUGUGACAUCACUGUCUUCCAGAUCCUCACUCUCCUCCUUGUCCCCCCCAGGCUCCCCUUUAGUUUUAGAAGCUGCAUUUUCAGCUCAAAAUUCCCCUCUGCAUCAUCUCACUACAGACUUUGAAGACUCUGACCUUUCAGGUGAUUUUGCAGGCAUUAGCUUCUGUGAGAACCAAAUAUUACUGGACUCUGAAGCCAGAGCAGGAUCUCAGAUUCCUACAGAUGAUAAAGAUCUAAACGUUAGGCAGCCUUCUCUACAUGAAGGAAGUUCAGGCGGUGAUUUACCAAGAAGAACAGCUGGUCAUCUGCUUGAGGAGAAAACAGCUUGUGUAUCUGCUGCUGUGUCUGAUGAGUCUGUAGCUGGAGAUAGUGGUGUAUAUGAAGCUUCUCUGAAACAAUCAAACGAAACUGAGGACGUUGUAUAUAGUGAAGAUGAUACAACAAUUCUAGAGGCUGCUCAGGUACAAAUAGGACUCAGAUAUGACCACAGCAAUUCAAGUUUCGUGAUAAUCAUAGUACGGCUUAGAAACCUUCCAGCGUUUUCUGUCCCCCUCGGCUCUAAGUUGUAUAUUAGAGUAGCAGUCCUUCCAUCCUCCACUGAUAUCAGCUGUCUGUUCCGCACUAAAGUUCAUCCUGCCAUGGAAACCAUUUUAUUCAACGAGAUAUUCAGAGUAGCCAUUUCUCAAGUAACACUGCUGCAGAAGACACUGAGAGUAGAUGUUUGUGCUGUCAGUAGAAGUCGUCAGGAAGAAUGCUUGGCUGGGACUCAGAUCAGCCUGGCAGAUUUAUCACUUUCUGAUGAGACCUGUACUCUGUGGUACAACCUGUUGUCUUGCAAGCAGACACCUGGCAAAAAACCCAAGGAACUAAAUGACGAACACAUGUUUCUGUUAGGCAAGCAAUCAGAGUCAUUGGACUCACUGGACUUGGAUGCUGUGUCAGCUCUGCUGGAGAGGACAUCUGCUGAGCUGGAAGCAGUAGAACAAGAGCUGGCUGAAGAUGAGGAGAAGGAACAAGAGCAAAGAGCCUCUGAGGAAGACUGGCUAGAGAUGCUUGCAGAGGCCUCUGAUGAAAUUGUGGAUGAAGAGGAAGAUGGCAUUAAGCUGGAAGCAGAAGGUGACUGUAAUGAUGACAUGGGGUUACUCAUGGAUGCACCAAAAAUGAAUGAAGACAAGAACAGAGAGGACAGUGAGGAGGCCCAGGAAAGCCAGCAAGCUGCUGUAAUUCUAACCCUGGUGGAUAAAGAGACUAACACUGAGGAACUGGUUAACGAGAACACAGCAGUCCGACCCAAGGACAGAGGCAGCUGGAGCUCCAGACAGCGUCCCUUUGUCAGGAACAGCAUGAUAGUGCGCUCCCAAACCUUCUCUCCAGGCGAGCGGAACCAAUACAUCUGCAGGUUGAAUCGCAGCGACAGCGACAGCUCCACACUAGCCAAGAAGUCUCUCUUUGUGAGAAACGCCACAGAACGACGGAGCCUGAGAGUUAAACGGCCUGUGUUAAAAAAUGACUGCCAAAAAACCCGCACCAAAAUAUCUACUUCCCUGGACUUGCUGGAUCUCCAGGCGUCACGCACAAGGCAGAAUCGUCUGAAUGAUGAGCUCCAGGCCUUGAGGGACCUCAAACAAAAGCUUGAGGAGAUAAAAGGCAGAGGAGAGGCAGACCUUCCUCUGUGUGUGCUAGAGGAUGAACGUUUCCAGAAACUCUUGAAACAAGCUGAAAAACAGGCUGAACAGUCAAAAGAAGAGGAGAAACAAGGUUUAAGUGCUGAGAAAUUGAUGAGGAAAGCUUCUAAGGAUGUGUGCCGGCUACGGGAGCAGAGCCAGAAAGUGCCACGGCAGGUGCAGUCAUUCAGGGAGAAGAUAGCAUACUUCACAAGAGCAAAGAUCAGUAUACCAGCCCUUCCAGCUGAUGAUGUAUAAUUAUGCAUUUUCAUUGAAGUGUUUUUCCACUUAUUCAUCUCUUUUCAGAUGAGCUUUGUAGUUCCAGUAAUGUGCUUUCAAAGAUCUUGUAUUUUACAGUCACUAUUGAUAUGUUUAUUUGUGAAGUAUAGUGAACUUAACUGUUGUAAGCUUAAAAAAUUGCAAAAAAACCCCAACAAACAGAAAACCAAAGUAGAAUAAUUUUGGUAUACUGAUGCUGAUUUUGUACAGUUUGUGUGUAUCGCAUCUGUUUUUAUUUUGUAAAGAUGGAACAAAGGAACAAAGGCAGUACUAAGCAUGUAUCCUGUUGAACUGCACUGUGUUGAGAAAAAUUAUGUUCAACAGACAAUUUCUUAUCUUUUCACUAUUUUCAUGUGAGCAGACUGUGAAAAUGGCUGUUCUGCCAUGUAAUACUUUUGUACAAGAGUGUAACUUUUAUAGUUUAAAGUUAGCCACAAGCAUAAGCUCCUUUCCAAAACAUCCAGACUGCCUCACAACAGCUGCUGAUUAGAUUCAUUACCCACAGUGUAAUUUUGUUUUUGAAAAUAAUUUUUUUCUGGUUUUGUUUUUUAAUACUUUGUAGGAAGACAUGGAAUUCAGAGUUUAGUUUUGUGAAUGUACAGUACUUUAACCUGCACUAAAAGGUUUCUUGCAUCUGCGGGAGAGUAAGAAAAGCAAGGCAGACAAGUAACCCUAAAAACUUACUUUGAGACUACCAAAAGGGGCAGCUGCUUUCUGAACAAGAUGAAUCAAAUUCAUAAUACUAACAUUGAAAUUUAAAUAGUUAUACCCACUGUGCUCUUGAAACAGAGUUUUUCUCUGUUAAUCAUUUGUCCUAGGGGGGCUGUCUGGUCACCAGCUAGGAAUACAUGAAGGAGUGCGCUAGGUUUACAGAUCUGAAGAUGCUUCAUUAAAGUAUUUAUACCAGAAAAAAAAUAUCUCACAUGCUAACUCAGAUAUCAGAAGUCCUGUUGGUAAGGUAAACCCCUUCUGAAAAAGAAAAGCUCCUUACUAGACCUCUGCACAAAUUAUGGUACAAUAAAUAACAAUUUUUAAAAUUUACAAUUGACCCUGUAUGCAAUUGGGGGUGCACAGGUUUAAUGAAUAUAUGUGAACUACUUGUUUCAAAUAUGUCUUACAUGCUUCUUCCUAGCAGGCUGCUUCAUCAGAAGGCAACUUGGAUGCCUUCCAUUAGAAGUUCAGAACAUUGGAUGUAGGUGUUCAAGCAGUCCUGGCUUGGUAAAGCAGUUGGGAUCAUCUUCUGUAGGUACUGUGUAAGUAGGUGGAUAUUGCAGAGAACAGAAAUAUUUCAUAUUCUGCUUAGUGUGUUGCACUCAGAUGUAUUUCAUUCACUGGCUACGGUUUUCUUCCCCAAGCAACAAGACACAUUGCAUGGACUUCAUUUUUCAGAAAUGAUAUAAUUAUUUGGUCAGCAAAUGGAAACAAUAUAACCACAAUAUGGUAGCAGCUGUCUUAGAUUCCAAGUGACAGUUCUGUAAUGACAGGUCUGUGUAACACCCAAGGGUUUUCUUAUGCACAAAUACAGCAGUUCACUAAAAUAUAAAGCCAAACAUGCUAUUUUGAGCAAGAUGACUGAUCAAGCAUCCUUUAUGAAUGCCCCAUUUGUUUUUUGUGUCUUGGGUUUGAGAUAAUAUUCAUGUUUGAAAGGUCAGUUUAAAAAAGAAUCUGGAAUUAUUUAAUGUAGAGGUGAAAUGAAGGUUGACAGUUUCAGCUUCUCAAUUUGAUUAUAUAAGGUGUUUGUAGAAUGAUGUUUAGAGGUCUACUUUAUGAUUUUUCUUUUAUUUAUUUACAGUCUUAUUUAUGUUCUGUUUAAUAUAGUUCAGUUCUGGCCAUAAAAAUAUAUGUCAUUAAGGAUGCUAUUGUGAAAAAUACAUAGAGGCGUCUAAAUUCUUGCCCAGUUAGCUGUUUUUUCUCAAAUGUUGAAUAAUUUUCAAAAAAAAAAAAAGUAUUAUUGUCUGAUUUGUAAGCAUAAGGUGAAUUCAAAACUUAAGUAUUGCCGGCUUCAGCUUACAAAACUCCUUUAAAAACGAGAGACUUAGACAUAGUCUUCAUACUCUUAAUUUUCCAGAAUGGUAAAGUUGAACAUAUUUAUAGGCAGCUUUUGACAAUUCUGGAUUUGGAGUUUGGGGGGUUUUUUACUAAUUUAGCAUGUCACACUUGAAACACUCAAUGGAAUAAGCUAAAACAAUACAAAUAAAUAAACUCCCGUAAGUUUAAAGUGAUAAAUAUUACUCCUGAAGUGAAAUUUACCCUGCACAGCAGGGUAUAGCGAAUGUAAUUAAUUCUAUUGCCAGGUACCAAUGUCACUGCAGUUGCAUAUAUCAAAAUGUAAAUAUUACUGGUACAAGAAUAUUUAGCCAAAUGAGCAAAGUUUAGCAGAAAUUGUAAUAGAACACAAAUCAAAUAAUUUUAAGAUUAUUUUUCUUUUUACUAUUGCUAUGUUUAUACUGUAUCAAAUAUUGAAUGCUCAGGACUGAACUAAAUAUUUAAUCAGGUUAUAUUCUGAAUGUGUUUCUGUUCUAAUUUUGUCUGUAAGAGUAUGCAAGUACAUUACAUAGAUUAACUUGUCUCUGCACUUUUCAUGUGUUUCAGUGAUUGGAAAAUACAUUUUUUUUAACAAAG